AUGAACGGUCUAGUUAGUUUCGAUAUGGCGAUGCCAUCCACGAUUGAAAAUGUUCCACCGGUUUUUGUGAACCCGUCUGUCUUUACAACUCCGCCAAGCUCCACAACUCCAUCAGCCUCUACAAUCUCACCAGUCACUGCAAUUCCACCAGUCUCUGCAAUUCCACCAGUCUCUGCGAUUCCACCAGUCUCUGCAAUUCCACCAGUCUCUGCGAUUCCACCAGUCUCUGCGAUUCCACCAGUCUCUGCGAUUCCACCAGUCUCUGCGAUUCCACCAGUCCUUAUAACCCCACCAAGCUCCGCAUCUAAACCAAGCUCCGCAUCUACAUCAAGCCCCGCAUCUCCACAACCCUCUGCAACUAUACCAGUCUCUACAACUCCAUCAGGCCCCGUGUCCCUAAUUAGCUCCAACGUUCAGCCCAGGACAUGGCUUGUCAGUUUUAAUGAUCUCCGAUCAUGCACCACGGCUCCGCAUGAAUGUGUUCAAGGUGCUCAAAAUAGCUUCAAAACCAAACAACUCGUUACACCAGUGUGCCAGCCCUCGUCAUCUUCAACCCAGCCUGGUGACUAUGAGUUCAUUGCAUGGGAUCCAGCAAACCCUCGAAAGACUGACCCGCGUGAAAGGAUGCGCCGCAGCGAUGGCGAAAUCAAGCAACAGAGAGAAGAUGCAGCUGCACUUAGGAAAUUCGGUGGCACUUGUCUGUGCUGUUACCGAGCCAAGAAGAAAUGUGGAACAACCUCACCAUGUGGUCCAUGCUCUUCCAGGCGUAAGGGCCAACGAAUCUGUUAUCGAAACUGGGAAGCACUGCGCCUGAGCAGGCUGUCUGUAGAGAGAUUUAUUCAAACAUGCGGCUUCCCGACAAACGAGGCGAGGGAUACCUUGAAACGGAUGUCUAACGAUACGUUCAAGGACAUCAGUGUAGUUAAUGCGGUCCUCCAGCUUCGCGAAACAUCUAGCGGUCGUCAGGUUGCGUUGCAUUGGAAGAUAUUGCGCACUCACAUCACAUUAGAACAAAAACAUUAUAACGAGGAACUUCUUCUUGGUGAUUUUGCCGGCAUCUAUCCCUCCAUGGAAUUGAUCAGAUUUGAAGAUAUAUACGGGACCGAUCCACUCGUUCAUGAUGCACUCACGGUGGCAAAGUUGUUCAUGAUCGCUCGGGCCUUAGCGCAGGGCAUCAUUCGCACGUCCUGCGCUGAAAUGCUCCCCGGGCGACUCGUUUUGUAUUACGUCUUGAUUCGUUCUUUCCGGAAGCUGGUCAAAAUGUCUCAGUAUUUCUGCCCUAUUUUGUACGAGGCUAUGUGCGGAAAAGACAAGCAGAAUGGCCACGCGAAGACCACUAGCCCACCAGGAAACGAAGACAAGAUCGACUCCGCUUGGGUCGCCGUAGCGUUAUAUUAUCGGGUUGUUUGUGCCCUGAAAGAUCUCCAGAGUAAUGCGGUCGUUGCGAAGAUAUUCGGGCCCUCGGACUGGCACUUAAAAGAAGUUUGCGAUAAGCUUGAAGACUUUCUCCGCCAUGUGCCGCCCGGACAGGAAGCCUCGCGCAAUUGCUCCAAUCUGACCAUCCUUGAGAACAAUAUUCCCGUGCUUCCGCCAUCUCCAGAUAUCGAUAUGGCGUUCCACCUCACGCAGCAUGAGCAUGAACACGAAGCGAUAUCAGAUAUGACGGAGCGUAAUGCUGCCUAUUCACGGUCCCACGACCAAGUUCAAGCAUUUCUGGCCGAUGAUUUUACUCAGCUUGCGUGUAUGGGAGUCCCCCCGGUUACCGCAGUGGGCAAUCAUCAGCAAUGCCUCAAGUUGCGAUGA